AUGGCGCUGACGGCGGGCAGGCGGCGGCAGGACCUGGAAAACGGUUCCUUGGAAAUAACACAGAGUUUGGAAGAUGAUCCUCUACUGGACGCACCACUUAGUAGUUCUCAUACAUUGCAUUCCCAACUGAGGCCAAGAUUUCAUGCUAUCCCAGCAGUUCUCCUUGCCAAUUUUCUGUUGCUAAUACAUGUUACUUUCGUUGUUCUAGCAUUUUUAGCAGCUAUGUUUUGUUCUUACCCCAAUCCAAAUCAGGAUAAGUGCCCUGGAAAUUAUACUCACCCACUUAAAGUGCAGACUGUCAUAAUCAUUGCAAAAGUAAUUCUGUGGAUUCUGCAUGUUUUUUUUGAACGAUACAUCCAGCACCACCACAGUAAAGUCAGAAGCAGAGGUUACUUCUCAAUAUACCGAUCAACAAGGCAGCUAAAAAGGCUUCCACUGCUGAUACACUCUGCAGGUAAUGCAGCCCUGCUUUUGAUUCUGUCAGUGCAGCAUUCCUUUCCUGAUCGCAGUAAAGUGUACCUAUAUCUUAUCCUGGGAGUCCUGGGCCUGGAGCUGAUUAGCUCCCUGAUAUGCUUAGUGGUUUACACAGUUAAAAUAAGCAACUUCAAUCGUGCAAAGCCAAGACCUGACAUAGUUGAAGAAGAAAAGAUGUAUGUCUACCCUAGUCACAUUACCUCAGAAAUUGGAUUCAGGGAAAGUUCAAGUUUAGAAGAGAUAGUUGAGAAGCAAGGAGAUGUCAUAGAGUAUCUUCAGCGACACAAUGCACUGCUUAGCAAAAGACUGUUGGCACUAACGUCUCAGCAAAUCAAAGCUUAA